GAGGGGGGCUACCUCUCUCUCUCCCUCUCUCUCUCGGUAUCACUGCAGAGCUGAGCUGCAGGGGCAGCAGAGGCAGGGAGAAGAGAGAGAGAGAGAGCUCCAACUCCCGAUCAGACAGAGAGAGAGAGAGAAAGAGAGAGAGAGAGAGACAGGCUCACAGACAGAUAGACAGGCACACAGACUGACAGACCGCCGGACCACCACCAUGGACUGGAUGAGGACAGAGAUCCCGGUCUCCGGAUGAGACAGGACGGCCUGGCUUCUGCUGUGCGUGAUUUUUCGGGGGGACUCUGCUUUAGAUACGUGGAAUAACCGACUACCUACUGGGAGAUUUAACCCCGUGCUACCCGUGAUGGAAUAUUUACACUCUUCUCAUCUCCUAAUUUUUCUCCUCUUCUCUUCCUCCACCUCCUCCUCCUCCACCACCUCCUCUUCUUCUUCUUCCUCUUCUUCUUCAUCCUCUCACAUUUUGACACGCUGCUGAAGAUGCGCACGAAUGCGUCUUUUGCGCACUUCUAUUGCGACCGUCACUGACAGCGCCCCGUGCUUUAUAACCCUUUGAAACCUAAUUUUUUUGAAAAAGAGAGGGGAGGAAGAAAGAAAGAGAGGGAGCGAGGUGUGAAUUGAAUUGAACGCGGUGCUGUGCCUGGUCUCAUGUUUCUCGCCUAGGGCCCGGAUGUACCGAGAGAUGCACCGGUGCGUUUUCCCAACCGGUUCCGCCGAAAGCUCUCUCUUUUUUCUCGCCUUCACCUCCAUCAUGGGGAUUAGGUAAUAUUCACUUCAUGCGAAGAAACCCUCCCCAUAAAUAAGAAUAACGGAAUACCCCAAAAACUGUCAGUGCCAGACAGUUCUUUCUUCUUUUCUCCCCCUUUUUUGAUUUCUUUAAUUUUUGGGGGGCUUUUUUCUUUACCUCCUCGUGUUAUUUUCCCUCCUCCUCCUCUAUCUCUCUCUUCCAUUCACCCAUAGGGAUAACGCCGGACUACAUUUAUGGUAAAUGAAAGCAAAAACAUGUACAUCCCGGAGGACACCCUUGAGAACCAUCAAGGCUCCGACUACUCUCCCCCUCCCCCCCUUCCUCUCCCUCCUCCCCCCGGACUGACCAACGAGCACGGUGGCACUGGGAGCCACAGUGACCAUGGUGGAGGAGGGGGUGGGGUCAACCAUGGGGUGGGUGUGGUGGGCCUGGCACCGGAGCACAUUCCCACGCCAGGGGCGGCCCUCAGCUGGCAGGCGGCCAUCGAUGCUGCACGGCAAGCAAAGAUGAUGGGCAAUGCAGCAUCUGGCGGAGGGGCGGGGCUUGGGACGGGAGGGGGCGGGCCCAUCUCCACAGCCAGCUCCACACAAAGAAAGAGACAACACUAUAGCUCGAAGCCCAAGAAACAGACAACAACAACAACCACGAGGCCGCCCCGGGCCCUGCUCUGUCUCACGCUCAAGAACCCCAUCCGCAGGGCCUGCAUCAGCAUCGUAGAGUGGAAACCAUUUGAGAUCAUCAUCUUGAUGACCAUCUUCGCCAACUGUGUGGCCUUAGCUGUCUACAUCCCCUUCCCCGAGGAUGACUCAAACGCCACCAACUCCAACCUGGAGCGUGUGGAGUAUCUGUUCCUCAUCAUCUUCACGGUGGAGGCUUUCCUGAAGGUAAUAGCAUACGGCCUGCUCUUCCACCCAAACGCCUACCUGAGGAACGGCUGGAAUCUGCUGGAUUUCAUUAUCGUAGUUGUAGGGUUAUUCAGUGCGAUCUUGGAGCAGGCCACCAAGGGGGACGGCGCCACUCCUAUUGGAGGGAAGGCGGCGGGCUUCGACGUCAAGGCUCUGAGGGCGUUUAGAGUACUCAGACCCCUCAGACUGGUCUCUGGAGUACCGAGUUUACAGGUGGUGUUGAACUCCAUAAUCAAAGCCAUGGUUCCUCUGCUCCAUAUCGCCCUGCUGGUCCUCUUUGUCAUCAUCAUCUACGCCAUCAUCGGCCUGGAGCUCUUCAUGGGCAAGAUGCACAAGACCUGCGUUAAUGAGCAUGCAGGCACGAUUGCAGAGGAAAAGCCAGCACCGUGUGCGCCUGACGGAGCUUACGGUAGACACUGUAAACGCAAUGGGACUGAAUGCAAAAUGGGCUGGGAGGGCCCAAACGACGGCAUCACAAACUUUGAUAACUUCGCCUUCGCCAUGUUGACAGUAUUCCAGUGUAUAACCAUGGAGGGCUGGACGGACGUGCUGUACUGGAUGCAGGAUGCUAUGGGCUAUGAGCUGCCAUGGGUCUAUUUUGUCUCUCUCGUCAUCUUCGGCUCCUUUUUCGUUCUCAAUCUCGUUCUGGGGGUGUUGAGCGGAGAGUUUUCUAAAGAGAGAGAGAAAGCAAAAGCACGUGGUGACUUCCAGAAACUCAGAGAAAAACAGCAACUGGAAGAGGACCUCAAGGGCUAUUUAGACUGGAUCACUCAGGCUGAAGACAUCGACCCAGAGAAUGAAGACGAUGGCAUAGAUGAUGAUAAACCCAGAAACCUGAGCAUGCCAGCCAGUGAGAAUGAAUCAGUCAACACAGACAACGCCCCCGGGGGAGAUGUGGAGGGGGAGACCUGCUGUACCCGGCUGGCAAAUAGGAUCUCCAAAUCCAAGUUCAGUCGAUACUCUCGGAGGUGGAACCGACUGUGUCGGAGGAAGUGUCGGGCAGCAGUCAAAUCCCAGGUUUUCUAUUGGCUGGUCAUCUUCCUUGUUUUCCUCAACACUCUGACCAUCGCCUCUGAGCAUCACCAGCAGCCUCAGUGGUUAACAGAUGUACAAGACAUCGCUAACAAGGUGUUGCUAGCACUCUUCACCGGUGAGAUGCUGUUGAAGAUGUACAGUCUGGGUCUACAGGCAUACUUUGUGUCUCUCUUCAAUCGCUUCGACAGCUUUGUAGUGUGUGGAGGGAUUCUUGAAACCAUUCUAGUGGAAACUAAGAUCAUGUCUCCUCUUGGCAUCUCUGUGUUACGUUGUGUACGCUUGCUAAGAAUCUUCAAAAUAACCAGAUACUGGAACUCCCUCUCAAACUUGGUGGCCUCCCUGCUAAACUCAGUCCGCUCCAUCGCUUCUCUGUUGCUCCUGCUGUUCCUCUUCAUCAUCAUCUUCUCCCUUCUCGGCAUGCAGCUGUUUGGGGGGAAAUUCAACUUUGAUGAGACCCGACGCAGCACCUUUGACAAUUUCCCCCAGUCUCUGCUCACUGUGUUUCAGAUCCUGACAGGAGAGGACUGGAACUCUGUGAUGUAUGAUGGAAUUAUGGCAUAUGGUGGGCCAUCCUUUCCUGGCAUGCUCGUCUGCAUCUAUUUCAUCAUCCUCUUCAUCUGUGGAAACUAUAUCCUGCUAAAUGUCUUCUUGGCCAUUGCUGUGGACAAUCUGGCAGAUGCUGAGAGCCUGACGUCGGCGCAGAAAGAAGAGGAGGAGGAGAAGGAGAGGAAGAAACUGGCCAGGUUGGCCAGUCCAGAGAAGCGUCAUGAUAAUGAGAAGCCACCUCUGGAGGAGGAGAAGAAGGAGAAGAUAGAGCUGAAGUCUAUCACUUCUGAUGGAGAGACUAACACUGCUACUAAGAUAAACAUGGAUGACUACUGUGGAGAUGAGAGUGAAGAGAAGAACCCAUAUCCUGCCAAUGAUUACAUAGGCGAUGACGAUGAUGAUGAACCAGAGAUGCCAGUGGGCCCAAGGCCAAGGCCACUCUCCGACAUUCAGCUGAAGGAGAAGGCUGUUCCCAUGCCCGAGGCUCGCGCUUUCUUCGUCUUUAGUCACACCAACAAAUUCAGGGUCCUGUGCCAUAAGAUCGUCAAUCACAACAUCUUCACCAACCUCAUCCUCUUCUUCAUCCUGCUCAGCAGCAUCAGUCUGGCAGCAGAAGACCCAGUCAAGAACGACUCUUUUAGAAACCAGAUCCUGGGCUAUGCAGACCAUGUCUUCACUGGACUCUUCACCAUAGAGAUCAUCCUUAAGAUGACAGCAUAUGGAGCCUUUCUCCAUAAAGGUUCAUUCUGCAGAAACUAUUUCAAUAUUCUGGACUUGGUGGUGGUCAGCGUGUCCCUCAUCUCCUCUGGAAUACAGUCCAGUGCGAUUAAUGUGGUGAAGAUCCUGAGGGUGCUGAGAGUGCUCAGACCGCUGAGGGCUAUCAACAGAGCCAAGGGCCUGAAGCAUGUGGUGCAGUGCGUGUUUGUGGCCAUCAGGACCAUUGGCAACAUUGUCAUUGUCACCACAUUGCUGCAGUUCAUGUUUGCCUGCAUUGGAGUGCAACUCUUCAAGGGCAAAUUCUUCUUCUGUUCCGACAGCUCAAAACAAACUGAGGCAGAAUGCAAGGGUUUCUACAUUAUGUAUAAGGACGGUGAUGUGGGGAAGCCUGAGCGAGCCCAUAGGGUGUGGGAGAACAGUGACUUUAACUUUGAUGAUGUCCUGCAAGGCAUGAUGGCUCUGUUCGCUGUGUCUACCUUCGAGGGCUGGCCAGGAUUACUGUACAAGGCCAUAGACUCUCAUGCUGAGGAUGUUGGGCCCAUCUACAACUACCGCGUUGUCAUCUCCAUCUUCUUCAUCAUCUACAUCAUCAUCAUUGCCUUCUUCAUGAUGAACAUCUUCGUUGGUUUUGUCAUCGUCACAUUCCAGGAGCAAGGAGAGCAGGAGUAUAAGAACUGUGAGCUGGACAAGAACCAGCGUCAGUGCGUGGAGUAUGCUUUAAAGGCACGUCCACUGCGCCGCUACAUCCCUAAGAAUCCCUACCAAUACAAGGUGUGGUAUGUGGUCAACUCCACCUACUUUGAGUACCUGAUGUUCACCCUCAUCCUCCUCAACACUAUCUGUCUGGCCAUGCAGCAUCAUGGACAGACUAAAAAUUUUAACGACGCCAUGAACAUCCUGAACAUGCUCUUCACUGGGCUCUUCACUGUGGAGAUGAUCCUUAAACUGAUUGCCUUCAAACCCAGGGGGUACUUUAGUGAUCCCUGGAAUGUGUUUGAUUUCCUCAUCGUAAUUGGCAGCAUAAUAGACGUCAUUCUCAGUGAGAUCAACCCAGCUGACUCCUCCUCGUCCUCGUCCUCCUCCUCUUCGUCCUCCUCCUCCUCUUCUUCCUCCUCUCACCCCCCUGCGGUAAGGCCAAUGGUACGCUCCGACGGUAACCUCGCCCGCCUCCUUACCUCCUCCAACAUCUCUCCAUCCCUCCAUCCUUCCAUCUCUCCUUCUGCUACGCCGGUCAUGGGACUGCAGAACUCUGAAGAGAACGCCAGGAUCUCCAUCACCUUCUUCCGGCUGUUCCGCGUGAUGAGGCUGGUGAAGCUGCUGUCUCGCGGGGAAGGGAUUCGGACCCUGCUGUGGACCUUCAUCAAAUCCUUCCAAGCUCUUCCCUACGUAGCUCUGCUUAUAGUGAUGCUAUUCUUCAUAUACGCUGUCAUCGGCAUGCAGAUGUUUGGUAAAAUAGCACUAAGGGACCACACGCAGAUCAACAGGAACAACAAUUUCCAGACAUUCCCUCAGGCAGUGCUGCUUCUCUUCAGAUGUGCGACAGGUGAGGCGUGGCAGGAGAUCAUGCUGGCGUGCUCACCCAAUCGACCCUGUGAGAAAGGAUCAACUAAUGAAAGCAACUCGCCCAACGAGGACUGUGGCAGCCAGUUUGCCAUCAUUUACUUUGUCAGCUUCUACAUGCUCUGUGCCUUUCUGAUCAUCAACCUGUUUGUGGCCGUCAUCAUGGACAACUUUGACUACCUGACGCGUGAUUGGUCAAUUCUGGGGCCUCACCAUCUGGAUGAAUUCAAGAGGAUAUGGGCUGAAUAUGACCCAGAGGCUAAAGGGAGGAUAAAACACCUGGAUGUGGUGACUCUGCUUAGGAGAAUCCAGCCACCCCUUGGCUUUGGAAAGCUCUGUCCACACAGGGUGGCCUGCAAGCGCCUUGUGUCGAUGAAUAUGCCUCUGAAUAGCGAUGGAACGGUUAUGUUCAACGCCACACUGUUCGCCCUGGUCAGAACAGCACUCAGGAUCAAAACAGAGGGUAAUCUGGAGCAGGCCAAUGAGGAACUGAGGGCAAUAGUGAAGAAGAUCUGGAAGAGAACCAGCAUGAAGCUCUUGGAUCAAGUGGUCCCUCCUGCUGGUGAUGAUGAGGUUACAGUUGGAAAGUUCUACGCAACCUUCCUCAUUCAGGAAUAUUUCCGCAAGUUUAAGAAGAGGAAAGAACAAGGGCUGGUGGCCAAGGUGCCCCCCAAGACUGCCCUCUCUCUGCAGGCGGGCCUGCGGACAUUGCAUGACAUAGGUCCAGAGAUUCGGAGGGCCAUCUCCGGAGAUCUGACCGUGGAGGAGGAGGUGGACAAAGGCCUGAAGGAGCCUGUGUCGGCUGCAUCCGAGGACGAUAUCUUCAGGCGUACAGGUGGGCUGUUCAGCAACCACGUCAACUACUACAACCAGAGUGAUGGCCGAAGCUCAUUCCCACAGUCCUUCACUACCCAGCGUCCCUUGCACAUCAGCCAGAAGGGCUCACCUUGUGAAGGCGAGAGCCCGUCCCACGAAAAGCUCAUGGACUCGACCACUUUCACCCCUUCCUCUUACUCCUCAUCUGGCUCCAAUGCCAACAUCAACAAUGCCAACAACACCGGCAUGGCUGGAGUGGCGACACAGGGAAUCAGUCGAUUCCCAAGCCCAUCCAUCAGCACUGUGGAUGGACACACAGGGCAGCCGCUCACCCCCAUCCUGCUGCCAAGAUCAUCGUGGUGCUUUCCUCCAAAGAGCUCUGAUUCAAGUGACAGCCGUCUGCCAAUCAUCCGAAGAGGUGAAGGGUCAACAGAGGAGACGUAUGAUGAGACCUAUGGUGACGACAGGGAGGACGACCACUCACUCUCCUCUGACAUGCUGGUGUAUCAUGAUGAAACAUGUAAGCAGUUGACUCCCAUGGAGGGAGGAGAGGAGGUAGAGGACAGAAGAGGAGGAGGAGAGUGGCAAUCUCCCAGGAGAGUCUUCCUGUGCCCCACUUCUCUAGGGCGGAGAUCAUCCUUCCAUCUGGAGUGUCUCAGGAGACAGUCAAGGCCAGAUGUCUCCCAGAAGACGGCUGUGCCUCUACACCUUGUACAUCAUCAGGCUCUGGCAGUCGCAGGGCUGAGUCCUCUACUAAGAAGGAGUCACUCACCAACCCUCUUCAGCCGGCUGUGCUCCACGCCUCCAGCCAGUCCCACAGCCCAGGGCAGCGAUGCCUCCUACCAGCGGGUGCCCUCUCUAAGGCUAGAGGGUUCCAACUCCCAUGAAAAGCUCAAUACCAGCCUGCCCUCUGUGAACUGUGGGCCCUGGUAUAGCGACAGUAAUGGAAACAGUCGAGUGCCCAGUCCUAGUCCUGCUCCUAGUGUGUCAGUGCCCAAUCAAAGACCACCACGACCGGUGUCCCUCACAGUGCCCUCGCUACUGGGAAAAGACCCCAGCUCACUGUGUCACGGCAGCGCAGGCAGUCUGGUUGAGGCGGUGUUAAUAUCUGAAGGUUUGGGUCACUUCGCCCAGGACCCGUCCUUCAUCGAGGCAACCAAAGCCGAGUUGGCCGAUGCCUGCGACAUGACCAUUGAGGAAAUGGAGCAUGCAGCCAACAACAUUCUCAACGGCAACACCGCAACAACUGCCGUGUCCAGCACAUCCUCCACCUCCCAGCACAGCCCCAAUGGCAACCUCCUCCCCUUCCACACAGCAGCAGCAGCAGCUACGCACAGAGACCGAGCGGUCAGUGAGGGCGGGGGAGAUGCAGCAGGAAGCCGGGGCUCCCUUCAUGGGCCGUCCUCGGUGGAGGAGAGGCAAGAGCUGCUAGCAGGGGCAAGGGGACAAGAGGAAGAGGAGGAGGAGGAGGAGGCGGAAGGGACGGAGGAAGGGCAUCACAGAGGCUCAGUUGUGAUUGGAGGAGCACGGCAGAGGAACAGCGGGCUGUUGGAGGAUGAAGAUACGGAGUGUGUGACGAGUUUGUAGGAGUUGGCUUGACAGGUUCGAUCGGCCGACUGGCCCCUCUGACAUCAUCAGAGACUGACGCCUGUCAGUGCUGGGUAACAGCGCCGCAGCUGGCUCUGUCUGUCCCCGCCCCUCAUACACUCACGCACUGUCUGCCUCUCUGCCAGACGGGACUGCUCUGGACAAUGGCGGCCAGUGACGCAACCUUCAACACCUGGUUCUGACUUUGUUGGUUUCUAUGAGUUUGUACGUGUGUUUGUAGUAAAGUAAACCACUCUAUACUCUCUACUAUCUCAGUGUAUGCCUGUGGGUGUGAUCUUUGAUUUUCACUAUUUGUACGUAUGUGUGAGUGCUCACGUGUCUGAGUGCGUCUCUAAAGUGCCUCACAGUUUUCUCAUGUCCUCAAAGUGAAGAAAAGUAGAAAAGAGGGGAAAGAGGGAAGAAAGGAAGCAAGGAAGCAGGAAGUCCUUUUAUGGAUUUCCUGCUGUUAACAUAGUGUGUUAUAUGUUUUCAUUUCUCUGCCUACUUUGAUGUUGUGUUAUUGUUGUUUGUCUGGCCGCCAUGAAGCCAGGUAGGGGACAGCAGACCAGCCUGUGGGGGGGGUCAGUUAUGGAUUCAAAUCUGACCACACCCUUUUGGUUCACUAAUGAUGAAGCGCUGUAUUGAGUAAACAGGGGUGAAGAAAACCCUGUUUUAAGUCUCAUUUCUCUUCCAAAGCUAAGGAACCUUGGAGCACAGCCCUGCCAGUCUGAGGGGGGGAUUAAGGUGACAUGCCAUCCCAAACCAAGGGAGGGGAGAAUUUGAGGGAUGGACCAAGGGGGCAACAGGCCAACAGGAAGCUAGCCAGCUCUUUCUCCUGCUGGUCAGUACGACUCGGACGAGAGACACUCACCUCGUCCAUCACCUUGAUCUGGCUGCACUUCUUCUGCUGCUUUUUCCUUGUCUGACCACGCCCACUCCUCUCCAGGAGCAUUUGGUGGCUAAGCAGAGACAGCGAGCCCCCUUUUAAUGCCUCAUACCUCGCCGUUCCUCACUCCUCCCUUCCCUUCUUGGUUGAUCCACCAUCCGUCUCCUUCCAUCGCUGGGUUUUUGCUUUUUCAGCCCUCGGGAGGUGUCCAACAGGGCAACAGAGACGGAGGGUGGAGGAGAGAAUGGAGUGUACGAUUGAAUAGAAACAGACUCUGGGCAUGGAUCUACAGAGGAUCUGUCCGUCAAUCAACCUCACUUCCUUCUCCAAGACCCUCCUCUCCCUCUCAGCGUGGGAUCCUAUUGGAUUUGCUGCCACACACUCUCUCUACAGACCACGCCCACUAUGUAUUUAACAGUUCAAUAUUGUGCAAAACUGGCUAGCCAUGACUAUUUUGUUUUAUAUUCAUGAUGUUGUUGUUUUAAUUUAUCCUUGAUUUGUUUGCACAAUCGGGGUGCUGGUCUUAUAAAUGUAUUUUUGCUCGGUUUAUUUUAGGAGAAUUUUAAGAGGUUUUAAGUAUCGAAGCAGGGCGUAGUGUUUGUGUGCGAGUGUAUAACUAUUUUUGUGAGUGCGAGUGCGUGUCUGCGUUUUAGUACAGAAUGUAUGCACGUACGAAUGUGUGAGAUAGUGUGUAUCUAAAAGAGGGGUCUUUCUCUCUAUCAGUAUGCACCUUUUACAGAUUGUAUCUAUUUAUUUAUUUAUUUUUCCCAGAAGAGAAAAAAACGUGUGCAAGGAUGCGUGUUUGUACGCGUGCCUGUGUUUGAGCGGUUACUUAUGUAUUCUAAAAAGCUGAUUUUAAGCCUAGACAGUAAAUUAAGGUAGCAUUAAAAGUAUGGUAUCGUGUGCGUGAGAGUGUGCAAGAGUGUAUGUGCGUAUGUGUGAUAAUGGGCCUCCUUAACACAGGGUUACCAUGGACAGGCAUGCUUCCAAAGCUUUGUGAUUUCUUUAGCACGGUUUUUACUUUUAGCCAAGCUGCAGAGUCAGAAGCCACUCUCUCUUUGAAUAUAAUCACCACAUAACAUUUCUUUAUUUUUCUGUUUAGAGGUACUAAGGCGUACAGUCUCAGAACGACAGUAAGGUUUACAGUUUCAGUGUUGCAGCUUGGCACGAAGGUAAUGAGCCUUUUGGCAAAUGCUGCUUUUCUUCUUUAUGGUGGAUGGUUGCUCUGAGUAGUAGACGCAUUAAAUUCACACUGCCACAGUGACGCCUUGUGAGUGGACGGAGGAUGACGCCUAGAUUGCUCAGCUAAAACACAUCAUAAUGUCACAGUGUCAUAAUUUAGACGUAGUUUAAACUCCAAAUGAACUAUUAGGGCUGGUGUACAGAUGCUGCAAGACUUCUGAAUGACAUUUUUGUCUGAGGUCUGCUCAUAUCAAAAAACAUUCUGAUUUAUUGUCAUUGUUAGAAAUUCACUUUCUGUUGUAUCAUUGAAAUACUUCAGGCAGAACACUUACUGGUUGUUGAUAAAAUGGGAUUGUUAAAAAAGAUAAAGAUCCGUUUGGAGGAGAAUUUAUCCCCACAAGUGAUUUUAGGCUUUUUUAAACUCCUUGUGUUGAUUUUAGAUAGCAUGCUUUUUUCAAUAUGGCAAAGGUUUGGACCUCAGGCCUCAUUAGAUAACACAGGGCACAGGCCUCUCUUUGAUAUAUGUAUUAACUUCUCCAAAAGCAUUCCUUAUGUUGGUAUCACAUAAAGUUUGGGCAACUUUAUUCUAUUAGUAUACCAACAUGAUUCAGUCAGCUUGCUUUAAAGUCACGUAAGAAGAAACGCUUGCCUAUGAAAACAUAAUGUUGUUAUAUACAUUUCUAAUGCAGCAAAUUUAAAAAGAAACAAACUUGCAGGAUCAAGAAAAUUUGAUGAGUUGAACCUUUUUUGGCUUCAAAUAAAUCCAAAUUCAGGAAGUAGUUCUCACUUAAACUGAUGCUAAUUUCCCACCCAGAGAAACACGUCCGCUCAUAGUCAUUUGCUUUACUUUACUAAUGAACUUGCUGAGCUCUCACUCCUAUGAACGUGUAGGAGUGUGAGCUGAGGAGUGAGAGAACCUGACAAGUUUGUGUCACGAAAGGGUAUGCAUGAACACACUGCCAUACACUGCAUCCUGUGCCAGUUACAGACUUCUGACAUUAUUAUGCAAACUAAAUGUGAAUGUUGAACGUGUUUUAAGUGGCAGUGCUGUUAUUUUGUGAUUCUGAUCGUACUGCAAACUCUGAAGAAGUCUGUGUUGUCAUAGAAAACCCUGACUGACACCGACUUUGUUUUUUUCUUCUUUUUAAAUCAUUAAUGAAAUCAUCACUAUUUCUGCCUUUCUUUCAGUUAUUCCAAAGCACCUCAUUAAAGAAGUUCUUUACUGAAGUAACUUGGUACCAUAAGCUAACAGGCUACCUUGCGGCUAGCAGCUCACUUUCAGUAUAAGCUGAUUUCUUUUGAAGUCUAAAUGUUGUGAAGACGGAUAUAAGGGGGGGUGAGCGUUUUAAUGUGCAUGUAAGGAAGCAUAUGCUUUCUGUUUUUGUUUCUACUCUUUGGUCUAUCAGCCCUGGUAACAUGUAUUAAAUGCUGAAUUUUAUCUUAGUACUAUUCCUGUAUUUUAAGCUGGCAAAUGACUACUAAAUCCUCUAAAUUAAAUGUAGCUUUUGUGUCAAAGCUGCAAGAGAGAAGCCAGCGACUGUCUUUGCUGCUUAUAAACUAUUUUAUUAGCAAGAAUAGCAACAGCUAUUUAUGACAAAGAUAUAAUUAAUUACUUUAAUCAAUUAGUUAUCCAGCACAGAAACAUAUGGAAACUCUAAGCGGAUGCACAUCCUUGCAUUUUAUUUUGCUCCAUUUUCCUGUAAUAACGAGUCAGUUUUGGUUGUUUUUUUCAGAUCAGACUUUUAUCUCCAGGUAACACUGGUUUUCCAGCAAUAAGUUAAUUGCUUAAGAUUUUAAGAAAAAAACUAAAAAUAUUUGUGUUUUCAAGGGAUGAGUUGAAACCCGAUACUUACAGGACUGAAUUACAGCGCAGAUAUCAGUCCUCAAUUUUGAUACCCAACCCAAACAAAUGAAAGGCAGGAAAAUUGGAAUGGAAUUUGUCUGAUUUAUGUGUUAAAUUACACCAGGUUUCCUCUUCUUAUCCCAUAUUCAACCGGCAUCUAGACAUUUCUGUAAAUUAUUUACAAUACCUAGACAGCUUUUAGUCUCCCGUUGACUUCCGACACAGUUUUUUUUUCUCUCAAAAGUUUUAAAUCAGGCACCGUUUAGACACUGGCACCAUAUAAAAAGUAUUGAUUUAGCACCGGUAUCAGAAAAAAAAAAUUAUACGCAUCCCUAAUGUUUUCAUGGGAAAACCAGUGUUUUUAUUCUAAGGCAAGAAAAUAAAUAAGCAAGGAGCCCAAAAAAACAUCCAAAAUGUGGUCAUUAUCAUGGGGAAACAGAGUAAAAUAUAUACGGAUGCACGUACUUUUAGGGCCUGUAGAAGCUUUACGUUUUUAGGAUGGAAGGGUCUUAAAUGUUCAGUGUCACUUUGAGGGCAACACUGUAUUUGAAGGGGUAUACAUUAGACUGGUAUGAAACCUGUCGUUAACAUGAGGAGGCCUUAUGAAUGUUGUCAUUAAGUGUCAUUUGGUCUAUCAUCACCAUUAAAGUAAGACAUUAAGAGCAUACUCACUUCCUCAUACCACUGCACCACGGGACAUCCCAAAUCAAGAGUGGAAGUUUUCAGUGUACUUUGCACUCUGACUGCCCUGCAGCUUUUUUCCUUUCCUGGAGAGCAACAUAAGUAAAACUUAAUCUUACUCUACUCUCCCCUAUCGUUUCCAGUCUUUAUGCUAAGCUAAGACAGCUAGCUACACCCUUACCUAACUGUACAGAGAAGCAAAAAGGAAUCAGACAAUGUCAACUUUGCAUUAAAGGUGACACAACUGACCAAAUGACACUUAAUGACAACAUUCAUAAAUGUUCAUAAAGCCUUGAAAGGUGUCAUGUCAUGAUUAUAACAGUGUCAUGGUAGUCUAAUGCGUACCCCUUCAAAUAAAGUGUUACUACUUUGAGUAGUUACAGAUAAAAAGAGCAUAAAUGUUGCACUAUAAUUAGUUUAAAUCCUUUCUUUGUGUUCCUAAAUAUGUAUUCAAAUCCUCCAGACAAGCAUACUCAUAUCAGUGAAGUUACCCUGCAUAUCAGAAGUGCCAAACCUGGCUUCAUUGUGUCUUUACAGAGAGAUUCAGAGGUCUGUGGUGCCCCCGUGUGGACUGGAGCCGACUUGCAGUUUUAAUGUCGGCAUGAACCAUGAAGUGUUGUGUUGCAGUUUAUGGUAUGAGUGGGUGUAAUCCUGCAUCCCACAAGAUAUGCAAAAACAAUGCAAUAACUAUGACUGUAUACAAGGUUCCCGAAGUAAAUAUACUUGUGAAAGUGAAAAAAUCACUAUCAUGAUUAUGUACUUUUUCUGUUUCAUUUUUAAGUAAACUCAGUGGUUUCCAUGCCAGAGAAACCUAACAUACUUGAAAUCAGGUACGUUGCAGUGCAGUAUAGAUGUAUUUAUUUCUCUUUCUCAUGCCAGGGGUUUGGAUCGGAGUCUGCAGUCAAAUGUGUAUAGAGACAGCAGCAGGAAGUUUUAGCCUGUGGUUUAACAUCCAGUCAAGUGAGAUUCAGGAAAAAAAGAAAAACAUUGUUGAGGUAAAACACACUCGAUAUGCUUUUGACCAUAUCCCUUUCGCUUCUUCGAUUACAGUUCAGUUUUCAAAGAUUUGAGCUACAUGGGCGUAGUGUCAGUAUUGCAUGAGUUUCACAUGUUGACUUUGAGUGUGCCAGGUUUUUGCAGUUGUAUUGUUUUUAUCAGGUGAAGUAUCAUAUCACAGUAUAACAGAGUAGCUAUUUCUAUUCAGUGUACAUAUGAUUGAAGACAGUAUUUAUCCUCUACAGAGACAUCUGACAGUACUAGUGGGAUAUUUGGGAGAUGAUUUUGCAUAUCUUGUGUCUUAUGGGCUCAUAGAUUUUUUUAAUUAUUUACCCUCAGAAGGACAGAGCUCAUGUUUCUAGGACUGUUGCAAGUUAAGAGAUUUAAAGUAUUUUUCCCCCUGUUUAGACAUGUCAUUAUUUCUUCUUUUCCUACAUGUUGCCGUAGUCUCUGUCUUUCUCUUCUAUCUUGUUCUUGUCUGACAUGUGGAAGAUGGACCAGUGGGAUAGGACAUAGACCCAAGUUCCCCCUUUUAUUGCAAAAAUGUUGGUGAAAUAAAAUCAGGGCUCAGAAAAAAACAAAUAGAAGUUAAAGUAGUUGGCAAAAAGACAUUUUCAUUGCUUAGUUGCUAAAGCAUAAACAGGAGAUAUAAAGACACCCAUGCAGUUAACUUAAAGCUGUGUCCCAAUUCCAUAUCACUAAACAAUGUAGUGAUAAAAUCAAGAAGAUUAUAAUAGCUGAAAAUGAUUUAACAUUCUAUCCUAUAAUGCAGCGCACAACAGAAACUGGACAAGUCCACCUCCACUGCUGCAGAUAUUGUAAGGAUAAGCAUUGCAGUUUGGAGGUUCUUAGAUAAAAAUAAAUUUAGAACCUGCAGGCUAUAAGCUCUGACAGCCUCAUGUUUAGAGCCUAGUAUGGGCCAAACUCCAAAUAUUCUUGCCACUUCAUUUCUCACAAUUUAACUAAUUAAAUGCUCCUUCCCAUAGCUCUUUAACAGCAUGCCCCAACGUUUUGAAGCUGGCUUUCUGUUAAAGUUACUUCAACAUCAUUAGGGUUUCUCUCAGGCUAUGCCCCUUCAGAACCAAAGAUGACUUUAUGCAAUUAUAUUUACUCUCUAAAUACAACACCUGGUGGGGAGUAAACUGACCCCAAUAUAUGUGCAAAAUGUGUGGAGGGGCCCCUUAAAAGGUUAGAUUACAGUGGCACUUUAAAAAUCACAUCUUAAUUAUCGUUGAAGGAAAACAUGUAAUACAUUCAUGUUUCAUAAAAUCUGUUAUAGGUCAAAUCUUACAAACUAAUCAUAGAUUGGAAUCAGACACGCUGCAUGCAUGUGGUAAGUGACAUGGAAAUGGAACUAAGCGUAAUUAAUUAGCUGUGUCUCAAUUCAGGGGUAGCAUCCUUUGAAGGAAUCAGCCUUUGUAGCCUAUUGGGGUUUUUCUAGUACAUUGAGCAGCUCAGCUCUAUCUGGUUUGACUCGGCACAGCAGCCCCGAGCUUCCCAUUUGAGGGAGCAGUCCAUUCACAUCAUUCCUGUGACAUCAGCUCGGUGCACUUGGGCCCUGCUCCAAAGCAGGACCAUUCUGAUUGCAGCUUAGAGUAGCCAUCGUGGCCAAACUGGUGGUAGAAAAAUAAAUUAGCACGGCUUGGUUUCGACUGGCAUGGCCAAAAGUCACAGUGGAAAGUCCUAUAUAGUAGGGUGGUCUACUGAGGAUUCCCCUAUGUUAUCCUUUCAAGCAGAAGAACCGCUCCUGUCUUUUAGCAACCUUGACAGCUGCACUGGAGCAAGCUAACAUCACCGACGUCAUAUGAUUACUUUUAAGAUAAUUGAGAGUUUUAAAGCCCUAUUUGGUUUUUAGCAUUAGCACUUAAAACCGUUUAUUGGAGUGGAAACCGAUGACCUUGGUUUGAAUUUACCUGGCCUCUUGAAAGUGUGUCAGUUCAUUUGAAUUGGUAUGCUUUGAAUUUGAGGAAAUGUUAGGCCAGUAAGGAUGCACCAGAUGAACUAUUGUUAAAGCACCUCUGCACCUUUCAAGGAUGCAGCCCCCAAAUUGAGACUAAGCUCAUUUUUAAGUCUGUCCUUAUCAACAAGUAACUCUUAACCUUAACCAUAGCUAAUUCCCACAUCACCAGGGCUAUAGAGCUAGAACUAUUUAAUGUUGUGUAUGCGUUAUUAAAAUUAAUCACUUCAGUUUUGUAGGUCAUAUUACUACUUUGAGUCAAGUCUUUCUUGCAUUUAUGUCUCUGUUCUUUUCACCAUGUUUUUCAGUAAGUAGCCUGUUUAUCAGGCUUCUAAUCAGACCGAUUGGAAGCACCUGAUCUCCACCUGCAGUUCAUUACAGUAAAAACCCUUCCCACUGCCAUAAAGUCAAAUUACAGUAAUGCCCUCAAGUGAGUUAGACACUGGUUUCUGACUGAUGACAAUCUCUUAGAUGGUCGGUGAUAAUUUGAUGCUUUGGGUGUUUGUUCUGGGUAAGAAUGUAAGAUGGAGAGUAUUUUUGAAGGUUUAUUUCACCAUGUUUGACAUUCAGGCUUCUCCAAGUCCUGACAUGGUGAAUUAUAUAUCCAAGUAAUGUUUUAUGUGCAUGGGGAUAUAAAGUAUUGGUCCUAUGUGAAUGAUAAUAUCUUUUGUCUCACCACUAGCUAAUGAUUGUAUAUUUUUAUAUACCAUAUAUACCAUUCUAUAGCAAGAUAUAUAUGAAUAUAUAAUAUUUAAUCACCAGAAUGUUAGAGUAAGAAAGAGGCAGGACACUUAUUUGGGAAUGUAGUUUAUGAAGCGUUGGUUAUGAAAUGUGUUAAAUAGACCUGCUAAAGUCCAACUUUAUUGACUGUUUUUUGACCAAAAGAGGCCAGAAGGGAGUAUUUUAGACAUAUUUACUGAGGAGAAAACAUGUUGAAGCUGCUGGUGUUCACAUGAAUUGUUUAGAACAGGCUAGGAGCAUUCCCAGACCAUGUGGCUGAUAUGAAAACAGAUCAUUUCAAUGUAACACCGAUCACAGCGAGGCUACCUAAAUGUUGUUUUCAGUCUGGUGUGACUGCAGACGUAGGAGGCUCUUAGUGUAUAGAUAUGAAUACUAUAAACCAGCCACAGUUCACAAUUUCAAGUCUUUAAGCAGCAGAGAGUUUAAGAUUUCAAACACGUUUGCUUCUGUCUUAUCUUUAUCGUGAAGUGUGCUGAAAGACACAAACCUACCAGCAGCCUGUCAGCGCAGGUCUGGACAUUUUCCUACUGUAGCACCGAGAGACCAGUCUCUCUUUACUAGUCCUACAUCAGCAACUCUUACUGUACACUUUCUCAGAUGCAUCAAUUAAGCUUUUAAACCAUCAAACCAAAAAGAUCCAUUUAUCAAGGACUAGAUCUCUCUAUGCGUUGAGCUGUGAAAAUCAUGUAGCUUUGUUUUUUUCUUCCUUAAAAAAAAACAUCUGUGCAGAAAAAAACCAUAUUUACUGAAGAAAGAAAGUGAAAUUUUCAUCUGCAGACCAACGUAAUCUUUUUUUAAAAAUAUAUGCAGCAGUUAAAAAAGGAUUAAGUGCGUCAUAGAUUACUAUAUUCAAUUUUCUGGCAGAUCUUAUUUAAAGUUGUUGAAGCUGUCUACAUUGAUGCUGAUACAGUUUUACUUCAGCAAAGCUGAGCAGCUCAAAUUUGCGUCUGCUCAGUAUAAAGAAAAGAUGUCAUCCUACAUGCUUUAACUUACAGUAUUUUACACUCAUGUUUAAAUAGUAUUACAGUCGUGUGUUUAUCCUGAAUUAUAAACAGAUAUUUGUCACUGAAUAACAUGUGUGAGUGAAGCUUGAACUUUCUGGUUCCAGAUUUCCUUCAUGUGCAUCCACCGUUGUUACGACACAUGUAGGAUCUAUUUUCUUGUACACUGAAAUGCUUGUUUGAUCCUGACAACAUAUUUAAGAGGACUAUUUUGAAUACAGAUUUUAAUUUUCCUUUUACUAGGUUUAGAGUUUGCAUUGCCUGUUGUAGGAGUCAUAAAAGUAAAAGAUCUCCUGUUUUUAGAGGAAGAGAAGAGGACAGUCUGGUUUUGUUGUACAGAUGCUCAUGGACGCUUUAAGUGUUUAGGAGUGGAAGGGAAGGUAAAAUAUAUUAUUGAAUACAACUUCAUAUUGCAACUAUCUUCUAUUUUAGAUAUCAGAUAUAGAAAUACAUAUAUAGAGAUGACAAAGAAAGAUAGAAAUGGUAUGUUGUUUUUGCAGAGGAUCAAAAGAAGUGUUCUUGCAGGCCUUUUCUGCACCUCUUUUACUCGUAUUUCCAUCAGCUAAAUGUUUCAUCAAGUUUACAAAUCACUGCAGAUAAGUUUCCUUUCUUAUGAGAAAUUUGAAAAAUUGAAGGUGAGCCUUUUUUGUUGGAUGCUGCCAGUGCUAAGCAUGCUUUAGAGGGGAAAUAUAGCACAUGCAGGGGGAUUUUAGUGUGGUAACAGGAUUGCAAAGUAACAUUUAAUAAUCUUUUAGAAUUUAGAAACUUAGAUAUCUCAUGAAUCUUGUUUAAUUAUGAAGAAAUGCAUUACAUUAAGGAUUGGUGGUCAACUGAAUUCAAGUAACACAUCUGAUUCAGUCUGCAAAUUACAAAUGAUACAAAUUCAUAUUCAAGAUUGGGAUUGCAAACCUAUCACAGUGUUACUAAGUUUUACAACCUAGAUCAGGUUGAAAAACACAAUGUGCAGGGUGCAAGUAGCCUAAUGGUAAUGACUGAUACCCCGUAUACAUAGGCUGCUGUUCUUGACAUGUGUUGCCCAGGUUCAAAUCUGGCUUGUGGCUCCUUUCCUGCAUGUUUUUUUUCCUAGUUCUUAACUCUCUCUGCCGUUAUAUCUACAAUAAAAGCCCCAAAAACAAAAUCUUAAAAACAAAACAUGUGCUUUACUAGCUCAUGGUAAUACUCAAACACAGAUGCAUGUAAAAACCUCACCAAAAUUCCCUCUAGAUGAAGGUGAGGAACACAAAUAUGCUUUCAUUCAGAUAUCCCACUUCCCACAGGGGUUUCUGGUCCUAAAUUGAACCAAAUAGACAAUAUUUGCUUGCCCUGUAGAUUUAGAAAUGUAGGUUAGUUCUCUUUUAUGUGUAGCAGCACCUACAGCAGCAGCCCCCUCUUGAGGACGACUGUUAGUGUUGUACGGACCUUGAAAGCCUCACUCGUUCCUUCUAUUAGUCAUUCAUACACUUUGAUUUAUAAUAAAAGAGAUCCUAGUUUGCACAUAUAUAAAAUAAAUAAAUCACAAGCCUGACACAGAGUUUGUUCCACUUUUUUGGAGCGUAAUGCUGCAACCGUAGGCUCGUGAUUGAGUUUUCUGUACCAGCUUCUUCAGCUUGCAACUCAGCUUCACGACGCAGCAGCUUUACGAAUGUCUCUGCCUCCCUGCACCUGCUACUUCUCUCUCUAAUGUCACUCAUAAGAGCUACUUUACACUGAAUGAUUUCAUCCCUUGAAUGUUGGACACAGUGAUGCUCAUACUGGUGCACUUACAUAUUUUAAAAGGCUACAUUAAGUAUUUACAAAGCUGUUGUUUAUUUUUGGAUAUUUUAUUGUUUUUGCAGCCCUUAGUGGAAGAAAAUGUUGGUUAGUUUUGGCCAGCACAGACAUAAAAGAUCUUAUUUUAGCUCUUGAAACGUGGAUUCAGAGUGGUUUUGUUGCUGAAGAACUAGAUCUUAUAUGCCUGUGUGUGCAAAUGAAGCUUUAAUGAAAGACUCAGCCCAUGUGAGAGCAUCUGCAGCGUCAUGUUUUAGUGUUUUCUUGCUGGUGUGAAAACGUCUGUUUAACAGCAUGCAGGUCAUUGUUUCUAGGAGAAACAGCAGUGCUUUCUGUUCCUUAUUUUUUGACAGGGCUGUGCACUCCUGUCCUGCACCUGUCAGUAGAUCUUGUUUGUAGUCUGAGCUCAUGCAAAGUGUUAAAGGGCCUUUGACAGGAUGGAGCAGUCUGCUCGUUUGUGUUCUUUUCUGUCGGAGCAAAGUCUGUUUUGUGCAGAGCGAGGCGUUCACACAGAGACCAAUUUGUUGUAAUAUUAGUAGUGAGGCUACUGUUAAUGUAGUAUUUAAUAACAGCACUAUUUAUGGUCAAAAAAUGAACUAGAGUGUGUUAUUGUUCUUGCGGUAGCUUUGGAGGCAGGUGGCCAUUUUUGUAACUUGAGUUCUUUAACAUAAGCCACUCCCCCUCUGCUUUGGAGGGAAUUUAUUGGUUCCGAGGUUGCCAAACGACGCUGGCCCAACAUCAUUUGGCCCCCUCAGUAACCUUGUCGUCUCCUCUGUGAUGACUGCACGGUCUCACAGUCGACACCCUUUUUUUUUCCUUCUUCUUCUCUUUCUUUUUUCUAAAGGAGAGCUCUUGAUUUUUUUUCAUUCAUUUCGUUUUAGAUUUUAGAAAGGGAAAGAAUACAAAUCAAAUAAAUCAGAAUAUUAAUUCAAUCACUUUUUCUACUCCUAUUUUCAAUAAAAAGUGAAACGAAAAACCAAACAAAAAGUUGAUUUGUAAAUAAGUAAUGUACAGUUUGUAUCUGUAACUUGUCAGUCUGUCAUUGGUGACAGAGUCUGUCUUGCUUAUAACGCACGCUACCAGUAAAUAAAAAAAGGAAAAAGUAUAUUUAGACUGUAUGGUCCCUUGAAAGCAAGUUUUAAAUUAAUAUCUGAUGUAUAUUCCUGUAACAUUGCAUUUUUAUCUGAGGAAUGAUGUUAUUAAAAAAUUGCAAAUAAAUUGCAUUUCCUACA